CAAAACAAAGUAUGGCCGCGGAAGGUCCGACGUCGUCCGUAUAGGCUCUCGAGACUUGGUAGUGGCGUCAAACAAGGCAACGAAGGAGGGGAGGGGGAGGGCUUUUGAGGCUUGGUAAAGCGCAGGCGAUUGCCAGGCAGAGUGAAAAGAAGAAACCCACGACAGGUUCCGCAGACGACCUGGGAGGACGUCCAAUACCACUCCAAGAUCUCGGUGGCAUGCACCGUGCUGCAGGAAAGGGUGAAGCCUAUAGGGUGCACACAAGAGUCGUCCGCGUCAUUAACUAUCAAGGUUGCGGUGGUUUUAUAGGGCCACUUAUAGCUGAACUCUCGGUAUGUUUUGUGUUUCCUGUUGUCAAGGGUGUAUAUCUCUGGGUCUCAAGUGCUGUCUACACACAUGCCAGUCCGCAGAAACCGCUCAACGGCGCAGGGCAUGUAAACGAGGAAGGCGGUAUACGUCUAUCAAUGUCGAGUGGCAUAUUCACAGCGACGUUGGCAACGACGCGAGACCCUGUUGGGAUCCGGACAAUAGGACGGUUCUCAGAGCCGGAGUGGGGGCCGCGUAGUGUGGGGGGGGCAUGUCGUCGGCGGGCCCAUAUCAGUAGCAGAAGACGUGUGCAAUACGUGCGAGUGAGACAACAUAUCGCAAUAUCCAAGACUGUACAGCUGCUGAGGGGGGUAUGUCUAUGGGAUCAGUGUACAGUUCCGUACCCAAGUACUGAUACAAGGCGCGGUCCCUCUUGAGGUCGCACAGGUACACAAUAUCAACCAUACAAUGUGGCGCAUGGGAGGGAAGGACAUGCAAAGCAUCGUUUUUGGUUCAAGCCGGCAAUUUGUUAAAACGCAGUCGGCAAGUAAAAUCCCAGGAUGGGCAGCAGAUGUUGGUUGGCAUGUUUAGUCGUGGAAACGGCGGCAUUAGUGCGCCGAAGUAUUUUCCAAGGAGCGAAAGCGCGAGGAAGAGUCAUAUCGCGGUGAGACAAGCCAGGGGG